AUGGUUGUUUCCAAUGCCUAUCCACAUUGGUUGCACUCAGGGCUAGAAAUGGAACCUAAAGAUGUUGCAUUAUUCAAUGGAGGCUCAUACUUAUGCUUGGGGGUUGAGGGAAAGGACUUCGCUGCGAUCGUAGCCGGAGAGUCGGUGGAAGCGUCGGAGGAGGCUCUGAGCAUUCUCUACAGCCUCCGGCUAUCGGAAUCCGCCCUCAAAUCCCUAGCUUCCAGAUCCGAAUUCAUCGCCUGCUUAAUCAGAUUGAUGCAAUCUCCCAGCUACGAAUCGCGAGCUUACGCAGUGAUGAUGCUGGAAUCAAUCACCGAAGUCGAAUUCGACCUAAUCAAUUCAAAUCCCCAAAUAUUAAUCGAGCUAAUUCAAAUCCUAAAAGACCAGAUCUGUAAAAGAGCGACGAGAUCGGCGCUGAAGAUGCUCAUCACUCUCUGCGCGUGGGGGAGAAAUAGGAUAAAAUCCGCGGAAGCUGGAUUGGUCUGGGUUGUGAUCGAUCUUCUUCUCGAUAAUUCAUCCGAUAAAAGGACGUCGGAGAUGAUACUAACGGUGCUGGAUCUGGUGUGCCAGUGCGCGGAGGGGAGGGCGGAGCUGGUGCGCCACGGUGCGGGGUUGGCGGUGGUGUCGAAGAAGAUACUUAGGGUUUCGGAGGCGGCGAGCGAGAGGGCGGUGAGGGUACUGCACUCGGUUUCGAAAUUCUCAGGGACGGGGGCGGUGGUGCAGGAGAUGGCGCAGAUAGGAGCGGUGGCGAAGCUGUGCUUGGUGCUGCAGGUUGAGUGUGGGAUGAAGACCAAAGAGAGGGCCAGAGAUAUACUGAAGAUGCAUGCUAGAGCUUGGAGGAAUUCUUCAUGCGUGCCUAAUACAUUUGCUUCUUUCUUGAGAUAUUGAGAUCAUCCCAUUUUGUAUACAUUUUUGUUACGAUUCUUUUGUAGAUUAGUGUUCACUUUCUUCAAUGACUUUUUUUGGAAAGAUAAUUUUGAGUAAGAUGGUGAUUAUUGGUAUUUCUUGCA